AGUACUGAGGUUAUGAUGUGGCAGUAGGAGUGACAGGAGGACAUACAACAGGGCACUCAGUCCUGGACUUUGUUCUUCACUCCAACUCACCGCCCCCUAUAUAUACUCCCAGCCCUGACACCUGCAGUACACACCCACUACCAGACACAAGGACAAGACACAAGCUAUCUUAAACAGCCUAUAGUCUGGUCAUGAAGGUCCUCGUGGUGCUUGCGCUUGCUGUUUUCACUGGCUGCGAUGCCAAUGUUCUGUGGCAGGACCAGUCUAAGCAACAGCUGGACAUUGUGAAAGACGCAUUCUGGGACUAUGUUGCCAAGGCAACACUCACGGCUGACGAUGCCCUGCAGAAGAUUAGACAGUCAGAGGUGGCACACGAAGUCAACACCAUGAUCACAGAGAGUGCUGAUGCUGUGAGCCAGUACACUGUGGCCAUGCGUGGUCAGGUGACUCCUCUGACUCAGGACCUGCUGGCCAAGCUUUCCCAGGAGGCUGAGCAGCUGAAGGCUCGUCUGGAGAAAGACCUGAGCGCCUUGACAGCCAAGCUGCAGCCCUACUCUGACGAGCUGAACGCAGACCUCCAGAGGCAGCUUGAGGAGAUGAAGAGGGACGUGACCAUCUAUGCAGAGGCCCUGGACUCCGAUGCGCUGAAGGCCUCUCUGCUCCAGAAGAGUGAGGAGCUGAAGGGAAGCCUGGAGAAGAGUUUGCAGCAGCUGCAGGCCCAGCUGGGCCCCUACACUGAGGAGCUGAAGCAGAAAAUGGACCAGAACCUGGAGGAGUUCCAGAGGAGCAUGAUUCCUCUGACCCAAAGCUUCCAGACCCAGCUGACCCAGAGAACCCAGGAGGUCCAGCAGAACCUGGCCCCCUAUGGAGAGAAGCUGAUGAAGCUGGACCCAUUAGCCCAGGACCUGAAGGCCCAACUGGCUGUUCUCUGGGACUCCUUCACCAAGAAGAUCCAGUAAUCGGACUGAUGAUACUUGGUCUCCUAGUCCAAAAGGGGCGAUAUGUAAAUGUACUGGUACAUACCACUACUGAGUUGUUUCACUGUAUCAGUUAUGGGACUCGCCAUCUCCUGACCAAUAUCGACAUGUGACUCAGAACUAUAUUACAGUAUUAACGAAGAUGUUAGAAAAGAAAUGUAGGAUUCUAUCAACAAUAGAUUAUUCACAUCUGGUGUUGCUCUCUUGAGAAAGGUCUCAAUUUCUUCAAGCAAACUCUCUCAUAUCUCAGCAUAUUUAUUUAUUGUCGGUAUUAUGUGUGAUUUCAAUAAAUGAAACUCAAGAAUCUGAA